GCAGAGUUCCCCAGGCGGAGCAGUGAGAGGCUGAGGAGGAGGCUGCGCAUUCAUCAUACAUAUAGCAGCUCAGGCAGGAACGGCAGCUUCUCAGUAGCACUGGGGGAGCCCGACUGUAUGGAUGUGCCGGAUCCCUGGGCUCAUUCAGUGUAGUACAUGGGGCUAAGCUACUGCAUCCUAGGGCUGACAGGGAGUUCCAUAGGGCUGGCAGUGAGUUCUAUAGGGCUGACAGUGAGUUCCAUAGGGCUGGCAGGGAGUUCUAUAGGGCUGGCAGGGAGUUCUAUAGGGCUGACAGUGAGUUCCAUAGGGCUGGCAGGGAGUUCUAUAGGGCUGGCAGAGAGAUCCAUAGGGCUGGCAGGGAGUUUCAUAGGGCUGACAGGGAGUUCCAUAGGGCUGACAGGGAGUUCCAUAGGGCUGGCAGGGAGUUUCAUAGGGCUGACAGGGAGUUCCAUAGGGCUGACAGGGAGUUCCAUAGGGCUGGCAGGGAGUUCCAUAGGGCUGGCAGGGAGUUCCAUAGGGCUGGCAGGGAGUAGAAUAGCAGCACAUUGAGGCGCACUGGGGGUUUAUGAAGUUACAGACGGGGCUGGGAUAUUGCGAGUAUAGCGCCGUAUGCUGAUGUAGAGCAGCGCAGGGCUAAUAGGCAAGGGUUUCAGGGGAACACAGGGUUAAGUGAGUGUAAUGCAAGGAUACGAUGAAGCGAAGAGUUCACUCAUAGUAAUUAGGGGGCACUGGGUUCAUAUAGAAUCGCAAGAGAGAGACGCAAACAGAGGCUGGGCUAAUACGGCGCAAGAGCGGUGACAGCGGCGCACACGGCUGAUACAUUGUAGCGGAAAGACGCAGGACCGGGGUACAAGUCAAAUACUUAGUAGAGGAAAGACGCAGAACUGGGGCACAAGUGUCACUCUGUAGAGGAAAGACGCAGGUUUGAACGCUCAGUAGCGGAAAGACGCAGGACCGGGGCACAGGGCUGCUACUUUGCAGCAGAAUCUCCGCACCCAGCAGGACCGACCCAGCACAGGCAGAGGCGACUCCUAGCGCAGCGCUUACUGGAGGGGAGGUUGACACUGGGAGCAGCCCAGCCUCCAGCUGAUGGUUCAUGUUGCAGCGUCUCCUGUGUGUGCAGCAGUGGGGGCAAGAACUGGAUGCAGCCUGCAGCGGGACACGUUGGAUCUCUAGCUCUUUCUGCUCGCAGGGUCGCAGGGUGGGAGAACGAUUCCCUGCUGCCGCUGUCGCUGCUGCAGCUGCUACUUUCUCCUUCACCCACCGGAUCCCUCUUCCCUGUGUGGGUGCCUCUCCCUGCCUGGAUCUGCUGACUCCCUGGAUGUGAUCUGAAGGGUUCUCUCUCCAGCCAGCCAGCUAGCCACCCAGCCACCCAGCUAGCCAGCUAGCCACCCAGCUAGUCACCCAGCCAGCUAGCCACCCUCUCUGGGGCAAGAGGCACCUUCAUCAGCCCAACUGCAGCUCCCCCCCUUGGACUCCCUUCUGCACCCCCAGAACCCCCCUUUAUUUUAACUAAAGGAACUUGAUCUCCUGUUGCAAUCAUUUCCCAUUUCAUUUGCACAUAGAUUCUAUUGUACAUUUUUUUUGUGUGUAUUUUUGGGGCGAGUGGAUCACUAGCAAGAUAAGAAAAAUGCACUACUAUGUUCUAUUCGCCUUCCUGACCUUGGAGCUGGCCCCAGUGGCCCUCAGCCUGUCUACCUGCAGCACCCUAGACAUGGAUCAAUUCAUGCGCAAGAGGAUCGAGGCCAUUAGGGGGCAGAUCCUGAGCAAACUGAAGUUAAACAGCCCCCCUGAGGAUUACCCGGAGCCCGGAGAGGUUUCCCAGGAUGUCAUUGCUAUCUACAACAGCACUAGAGACCUUCUUCAGGAGAAGGCCAACGAGAGAGCUGCCUCCUGUGAGAGGGAGAGGAGUGAAGAUGAAUAUUAUGCCAAAGAGGUUUACAAAAUUGACAUGCUACCCUAUUACACCUCUGAAAAUGUCAUCCCACCGAGUUACACCACCCCUUACUUCCGAAUCGUACGAUUUGACGUCUCUUCGAUGGAGAAAAAUGCUUCCAACCUGGUGAAGGCGGAAUUCCGAGUGUUUCGCUUAAUGAAUCCAAAGGCGCGGGUAUCAGAACAACGAAUAGAAUUAUAUCAGAUUCUAAAGUCCAAAGACUUGGCCUCGCCAACGCAACGCUAUAUUGACAGCAAAGUAGUAAAGACACGAGCGGAGGGAGAGUGGCUAUCCUUCGACGUCACAGAGGCGAUCAACGAAUGGCUCCAUCACAAAGACAGAAAUCUUGGAUUCAAAAUAAGUUUGCACUGUCCUUGCUGCACCUUCAUUCCUUCCAAUAACUACAUUAUUCCAAACAAGAGUGAGGAAUUGGAAACCAGGUUUGCAGGUAUUGAUGAUGCCUACAUGUAUGCUGGGGAUCCCAAGACAAAGAGCCGGAAGAAGCACACAGGCAGAACUCCCCACCUCUUGCUCAUGCUGCUGCCUUCUUAUAGGCUUGAGUCCCAGCAAUCCAGCCGGAGAAAGAAAAGAGCUCUCGAUGCUGCCUACUGCUUUAGGAAUGUUCAGGACAAUUGCUGUCUACGCCCCCUAUACAUUGACUUUAAAAGAGAUCUUGGUUGGAAGUGGAUACAUGAACCCAAAGGUUACAACGCAAAUUUCUGUGCCGGAGCUUGCCCGUAUUUGUGGAGCUCAGAUACGCAACAUAGCCGGGUUCUAAGCCUGUACAACACCAUCAAUCCGGAAGCAUCUGCCUCCCCGUGUUGUGUAUCUCAAGAUCUGGACUCCUUGACCAUCCUGUACUACAUCGGGAACAAGCCAAAGAUUGAACAGCUCUCAAAUAUGAUCGUAAAGUCGUGCAAGUGCAGCUAAAAGUACAAACAGGGGCAGGAUUUCUUUUUUAUGGAUAGAAAAUGAAAAUAGGGUCUGUUUCAAUCAGUGUUAAAUUGGGGAAAAAAAAAUCAAUCAAUCAAUAAAAUGCGGUACUAGAAUGUGGAAGGUUUUUAGGAAAAAAAAUGAAACUGGCAACAUUGAAGGUUUUUAACUUGCGUUCCACUGGCUUCAUAAGACAUUUAAUGGAGAUCCUUUGAAAUGUCUCCUACACUCUGCUAAAUAUUCCUGUGUUAAAGCGAGACAUUUGCGUGCCAAAAAUGUCUCUCCAGAAUGCCUGCCAGGAUGAGCCCACGAUUCUUAUUUUACGUUCGAUAAUCACCUGAUCCCUUUACCGGUACGCUGUGUUAAGCGUGGAAAUAGUACGUAUUUGUUUUAGUUUACCUUUGGUGCCUGUGACAAAGUCAGUAGAUGAAUCUCCCCUUUACAAAUAGAAAAGGAAAAGAGAAAAAUAAAAAAUCAUUUUUUAAUUUUGGCCUUAAUAAAUGUAGCUAACCCUGUAACCCUAAUCCUAACCCUUAUCCUAACCCUAACGCUAACCCUAACCCCUAACCCUACAACAUAGGAAAUGUUGCCUAAUGCAGACAAAAUUAAGGAAUAGAAUGUCUCGCUGUUCAUAAGCCGUUUCUUUUUUUUAACAGUGUAGAGACAUUUAUUUAAAAAGAAAAAAAAUAAACACUGGAAGAAUUUGUUAGUGUUUUUAUGUGAAAGGAAAAGAAAAACAGGAAUAACCCAUUUGGUGGUGUUGCUGUCCCAAUGCCUUACUUGAUUUCUCUCUAUUGUUCUGCCUUAAGGCAUCGUACCCAUUCCUUUUUAGUUUGUAGUUUUGACAGACAUUAUUUAUUUGUGUGGAAUUAAGCAGCAGCCUUUUCUUGUUACCAUUGAGUACGUGGACAAACGAAGACCAAAAUAAACCAUGUAAUGCUCAAGAGCACGUGUUCAAACACGACAUGGAUAUGGCUACCGCCGUCAGUCACGCACCACUUAAAUGGUUCCAGUUGCCCAAGGCAGAGUGGACAGUAGCAAAAUAGUCUCUUUUCUGGUACAGAAAAACGAUCCCAAAGCCUGAAAGUGGGAAAUGCCGUAGGGAUCACUUCAAAUAAGGAUCACGUUCUUAUAUACUCUUCAGAAGACUAAAGUUUUCAAGUCUUUGUGUAUGGUCGGAACAGAAGGGAGAAGCACGUUCAUAAUAUCGCAUGUGAAUUUGACCUCGGGGGGUCAAUGGUUUUCGAUGCUUAAAGACUAAAUUUAAACCCGGAAAGGCUGGAAUUGACAAUUUUUGGAAACUUUAUAAAAAUGCCUUAAUAACUCCAUCUUGCUGUCCACUUAAUCACAGAGAGACUGGAAAUGCCUUUUUCAGCGAUAUCUUCCAUGCGAUUAUCUAUGCUGUGUGUUAACGGGACAAUCUGAAUAAAACAUGCACAUUUUUUUAUGCAUAUAUGCCAACUUUGCCUUUAGUAAGUGUUGUUCUUAUUGUAUUUUAUACCAGUUUUUUUUUUUUUGUAAUAAGGACAAAAGGAAAAAAAAUUCCCCCCUUUAUUCUUCUCAUCAACUUUCAAUUGCUGCUGUCUCUGGCUACCUUGAAGUGCCUUGUUAUAUUUUUUGCAUUUAACGUUUAGCUUUUAAUUGUGGACUGUUAAUUGCACAGCAACAUCUGAAGGUCUUCCAAAAAAUCCCUAAGCCAGCUGACGCAAUCAUUUUUUUUUGAAAGUCAAUUUUGUCUCUUUCUCUCUCAUUAAAAAUUGUACUAGAAAAUCUCCAAUUUUUUUCGAGGCAUUCAUCUGGAUUUGUAAUAUACGUUUUCAUUUAAUAAACCAGUAAAAUAUU